AUGCAAGGAUUCAUUGCCUAUGUUUUGAUUCUUUCUUUCAUUUCACCUUAUAUAUGUCCAACAUUGGAAUAUGUAACCGAAAAUAAUACUUAUAAUGUGAUGCAAUAUGGUGCAAUUGGCGAUGGAAAAUCUGAUGAUACACAAGCAUUUUCAAGUGCAUGGAGUAGUGCCUGUAAUGCAGAAGGAAUGUCAACAUUGGUUAUACCAUCUAAAAAAUCAUUCUUGGUGACCAAAGUAAACUUUAGCGGUCCCUGCGAUGCUAAAAUUCUCUUUCAGUUUGAAGGAAAAACAGUUGCACCUGGUAAAGAAGAGUGGAAAGCUGAAUCGCAUUGGAUUACAGUCGGAUAUUUAAAUGGAAUUACAAUUGAUGGUAAUGGUCUGGGAGAAAUUGAUGGAAAUGGUUCUACUUGGUGGGAUUGUUCGAAUUGUGUUCGACCAGUGGUGUUUCAUUUUCAUUCAUGCAAUGAUCUUACUGUUAGUAACCUAAUGAUCAGUAAUAGUCCGAGAGCUCAUGUAUCUGUUAAUCAGUGUAAUGGUGCAACAUUCUCUAAUAUAUCCAUUGAUUCUCCUGCUACUAGUCCAAACACUGAUGGAUUUGACAUUUCUUCCUCCACUAAUAUCUCUAUACAAGAUUCCAAUAUAAAAGCUGGUGAUGAUUGUAUCGCAAUCAAUGGUGGCUCAUUUUUUGUGAAUGUUACUCGAGUUACUUGUGGACCAGGCCAUGGAAUAAGUGUUGGUAGCCUUGGUAAAUUUAAUUCAACGGAGAGUGUUUCAGAUAUUUAUGUACGAAAUUGUACUUUCAUGGGAUCUACUAAUGGAGCAAGAAUCAAAACAAUUUUGGGUGGAUCAGGUUAUGCAAAAAAUAUUAUAUAUGAACAAAUCAUCCUUGAAAAUGUUAAAAACCCAAUAAUUAUAAAUCAGGACUAUCAUUAUAAUCUAGAGGAGGUAUCAUCUGUGUCGGUGAAUUCGGUGACAUAUCGAGGAUUUAAUGGAACUUUUGUUGGCAAUGUAGCUAUUAACUUAAAUUGUAGUUCAUCUGGCUGUUUUAAUAUUCUAUUGGAUAAAAACAACAUUGUAGCUGCUAAAGAAGGAGGAAAAACUUUUGUCUUUUGUAGAAAUGCUCAUGGAACAGUUAGAGAUACUAUUCCAAAUGUCUAUUGUCUUUCUGAAUAA